CAUUGGUUGGGGACGGCGAAAACAGAUGACGCAACAGGAAAUGUAAGCGUCGCUGUUGAGACUUCAGAUGUGCUCCGGUGAAAUAAGAGGAAAUAAGGAGACAAGUUUCCACUUUAAUAACAACUUUAAUUAGCUCCUGUGGGAACACACAGCAGGGAAAUGAAGCGGUUUAUUACAGCUGUGAUGCAGUUUCUGAUGGUUGGACACGUCCAGAGUUGGGAUGACGCAGGCAGUGUGCUGCUGCGGGACGUCCAGGUGUUGACACUGUACAAGGGUCGCUACACCACAGCAAGGCGCUCAAGCCCCAUCCCUCAGCUCCAGUGUGUUGGAGGCUCAGCGGGCUGCCAGACUUUCAUCCCAGAGGUGGUCCAGUGUCAGAACAAAGGCUGGGAUGGAGUGAAUGUACAGUGGGAGUGUAAGACUGAUAUGGACAACGCAUACCGAUUUGGUCGCAUCGAGGUGAGCUGUGAGGGUUAUAGCCACCCUGCUGAUGCUUACAUACUGAAGGGCUCCUGUGGGCUUGAGUAUUCAUUGGAACUGACUGAAGAGGGCCAGAGGAGAACACAAGGCAGCUGGGGCUCCCACAGUGGAUUCAAAGGAUUUGGAGGUCUUGGGGGCUUUGCUUCCACUUUCUUCAGCAGUUUCUUCGGAAACAGGCAUCAGCAGCAGAGCCGUCAGAGCUCAUCCAUCUCAAGCAGCGAAGACUCAGGAGGCCUGCUGGUGGUCGUUGUGCUUCUGCUCUUAGCUUACGGUGUCUACAAGCUGUUCCUCAGUGUGAACACAGCCCAAUUGGGGCAGAACAGAGGACAGGCUGGGUACCCCAGAGAUAAUCACCAUGGCUCCACCGCAGGACCACCACCCCCGGGAUUCAAACCUGAAUUCACAGGCUGUCCCGGUUCCAACUCAGGCUAUGGUUUCCAUAGUGACUACAUUCAUGGACAACAGUAUCCAGGAGGCCGAGCUGCUUCUGGCACAGGUGGAGGCUUCUGGACUGGCAUGGGGACAGGAGGGGUGCUGGGAUAUCUUUUUGCUCGUCAGAGAAACCAGCCCUCCAACUACUCCAGUUACAAUGACUGCAGACGACCUCCUGCUACAGACUCCUCCUCUUCCUCCUGUGGGACACGCACUGCCUCAGGAUUUGGAGGAACCAAGAGAAGGUAGAAGCUGUGGAAGUGGACAGAUUCUCUACAGUGGAUGGCACUGGAAUUUAAGUGGUGCGCUAAUGACAGACAAACUCAGUGUUUGCUGGUGGCAGGUCAAACAUAACAAAAGCACCAUGCGAAGAGCCUCACGUGCAGAGAUGAAUUCGUCCGACAAUAUACAAUGGUAACUUUGCUACUCAGUUCUGCAUUCCUCUAAAGAGCUCACUGUGAUUUCUUCUACUGACAGGAAGCUCUUGUUUUUCUGUGAACAUGUGCUUUGAGCUUUUGCCUAAAGGCUUCAGUGUUUGGAAGAACAACUUUCGCGUAUUUUAAGAAGAGGAUGAUCUUGAAGAUGUUCAUGGACUUGAUGAGCUGUUUGUAGGCAAGAUGACAUAUUUUAAUGCAAAUCCACUCUAUAAUUCAUACAUUUUAUUCGUGUGGUCUUGUUGAGGGAAUAAUUGUCUACGUUUUUUUCUCUGCACUCCUCUUGACUUUCUUUGUGGGAAUGAGUGUUUUGUGCCUCAGACACAGAAAUGAAAACUGUAGUACCUCUUGCAUACACAUAAAAGAAAUGAUGGGAGAAAUGGAGAAAAUAAUGUGCACAGGUUCUCUGUCUGGCCCUGGGCUCCCUUGUUUAGCUGCAGCUGAAUACAGGUAAGAAUCAUGACUGAUAACAUUUGAAAUAGUUAAUCAUUAAAGUCUCUCUCUUUUGUGUACAUUCAUCCAAUUUCAUCAGUGAUUCAUUUGCCCUCAUACCUUUACUUUCCAUAUCAUUUAAUGAAAUCAGUUUAAAUGUGAAUUGCAUUUUUAACCGUGUUAGGUCUUGUAGUAUACAUAUUUUGAAGAAAUUAUGUGUCAUAUUUUGGUAACUUGCUAAUAAAAAUGUGUCUUUUUG